UUGAGAGCGCGCUUUUAUAGUUGUAAUACAGUAUUAUAAUGAUUACAAUGAUGUCUAACAAUACUUGAAAAUCAAACAUCAUUUGAUCAGUCACUCAAUUAGUUCACAUUUUCAAAACACUAUUUAAACGACUUAACGGUUAUAAAGUUUUAAAAAUAAUCUUUGAUUAGUUGAGAGUUGAUUUGUAUGUAAAAUGAGUGAUCCGUUACCAGAGCUGCCAAAGGCUGUGUCAAAACUUGGUUUCGCACUGACGAAGAAAGUGGGUGAAGGAGCCUUCAGUCAGGUGUAUUCGGCCACCUGGACGGACAAACCCAACAAAACAAUUGCCGCUAAAGUGGUUGACUUCAGUAAAGUUAACAAAUUAUGGAUUGAAAAAAACCUAAACAAUGAGCUUAAGAUAUUACAGUCAUUAAAACAUACAAACAUAAUAGUUGUUCAUAAAGUGGUUAAGACUACCAGUAAAGCCUAUAUUUUCAUGGACUUCGCUCGUGGAGGUAGUAUUGCCGAUGAACUGGAAAAAGUAAAACAGCCGUUAUCUGAAUCUAAAGUCAAGAAGUACUUACGCGAUAUCAUCGCUGGACUCACAUAUAUGCAUAACAAUGGUGUCGCUCAUCGGGACAUAAAACCCGACAAUUUCUUGAUCGGAGAUAAUGAUCGAGUAAUGCUCAGUGACUUUGGUUUCGCUUGUUUUUCGCUCAACGAGUCAAAUGGUAAACUAAUGCGAGGCACCAAAUGUGGUACAACUGAAUACCAGGCCAUCGAAAUUAAGAUACUUGGCCAGGGACAGGUAUAUGACGCCAAGUGUGCUGACCUGUAUUCACUCGGAGUGUCCCUAUAUUUCAUGGUUCUCUUCGCCUUUCCUUUCGAUAUAAGCAACGAAUCCGAAUGUAUUCGACGACAAAAAUCUCGAGAAUUCUAUCUAAAGAACAGCAAACUGUCGGAUACCUUAAAGACACUCAUAUAUGACUUACUCGAUCCCAAUCCCAAAACCAGAAUUACGGCCAAAAAGGCCGAAACACACGCCUGGCUUUCGACCAACAAUUAGAUGCAUUUUUUUAUCAUUUAUUUACAUUAAACCAAAUUAUUUACUAUUAUUAUUUGUCA